AGCCUCAAGCGAUCCUCCCACCUCUGCUUCCCAAAGUGCUGGGAUUACAGCUGUGAGCCUCCGCGCCUGGCACAGGCUUUAUUUCUUAUGCUCCUUCCUUUUUCCUGGAUGCCUUUCUAACUCUGUAUCUGGUACAUAGAGGUGCUCCCUACGUGUUUGUUGAAUGAAUGAAUGAAUGAAUGAAUGAGCGAACAUGCCAUUUCAUCUUAUGUAUCUCUUGAACCCGCCAGGCCCAGGCCUGAUGUCAUAGCCUCUACCCAUGGCCAGAGUCUCCAGUCCUCUGCAUGUCUGCUGGCCACAGCGCGAACGCCGAGGCACCACCCUUCCCAACCCCAGCUCCGUCCCCUUCCCUGCCGGGGUGCCCCUGACCCUUUCCCCGCCGGCUUCGCGGUCCCGGGACCGCCGGUCUACAGCUCAGCCGGGGGUGUCCCCACCCACAGCCAGGAUUGGAGGACGGAGGCAACGCCCACCCCGCCAGGCGGCCUCCUAUUGGCACGGCUGCCUCCAGGGGCGGGGACAGGGCCGGGCACCAGCAGAUGCCAUCCAGGCCCGAAAAGCUCAGGCCAGUGGCGGGCGCGACACUGUCCGCGCGGCCAGGCGGAGGUGAGUGCGCCGCGGCCGGAGGGGCGGGACGGGCGCGGAGGACGCCAAGAACCGUGGCGCGCGCUCAGUCCUCAACGCCCUGAGCUCGUAGUCGGUCCGGCCCGGGGACCUUGCUGGCCGAGGAGGUCGUCAGUCAAUUCUUGUCUUCCAGACCUGGAGGACCCAAGCUUCCGGACAACGAGGACCCGCCCAACAUGGCCUCGGAGGUCGGCCCAAGGACAACCCCUCGGUCACUCUGUUCCUGUUGUCCUCUGAGUAGCUCCAAGCCAACAAGGCCACACUGGUGUGUCUCAUUAGUGACUUCUAUCCAGGAAUCUUGACGGUGACCUGGAAGGCAGAUGGUACUUCCAUCACCCAGGGCAUGGAGAUGACCACGCCCUCCAAACAGAGAACAACAAGUACGCGGCCAGCAGCUACCUGAGCCUGACACCUGAGCAGUGGAGGUCCCACAGAAGCUAUGGCUACCAGGUCACCCAUGAAGGGAACACCGUGGUUAAGACAGUGUCCCCUGCAGAAUGUUCAUAGGUUCCCAACCCUCACCCCACCCACAGGGUCCUGGAGCUGCACGAUCCCAGGGGAGGGGUCUCUCUUUGGAUCCGAAGCCAUCUAGCCCUUCUCCCUGUACCCAGUAAACCCUCAAUAAAUAUCCUCUUGGUCAACCAGAAA